GUAAAACUUGAUAAAAGCUUUGGGGCAAAAUGCAAUUGAUUGCUUCGACGACAGUACUCGUCAAGUUCACUCGGAAACUCUCUUCAGAGUCAGCCGAGCGACGACGACGGAGCGAUGAGAGACGAAACCACCGAUUGAGGCGCAAUUUAGCAAAGACAAAAAAGCUCCAAGAGCUCGAGCAUGUCGACGAGCAUUGAAUAGAUUCCUGCGUCUCAAAUCGGCAUACGGUUUGCACAACAAUGCAAGGAGGAUCAACGGGCAUCGGAUAUGGUCUCAAAUACCAGGCUAGAUGCAUCGCAGACGUCAAAGCAGACACGGAUCACACCAGUUUCAUCGCUGGCACUCUCAGUCUCAGAGAAGAAAAUGAGGUGCAUUUGAUUAGGCUUUCGUCUGGAGGAACUGAGCUCGUGUGCGAGGGUCUGUUUUCGCAUCCGAAUGAGAUCUGGGACCUCUCUUCUUGCCCCUUUGAUCAACGCAUUUUCUCCACCGUAUUCUCUUCUGGUGAAUCAUAUGGAGCAGCAAUAUGGCAGAUCCCUGAGCUAUAUGGCCAGUUGAAUUCACCACAGUUGGAACGUAUUGGUUCCCUUGAUGCCCACAAGUCUAAGAUCAAAUGCACGCUAUGGUGGCCAUCUGGAAGGCAUGACAAAUUGAUCAGCAUUGAUGAGCAGAGUCUCUAUUUGUGGAGCUUAGAUUCGUCCAAAAAGACAGCACAGGUACAAUCCCAGGAGUCAGCUGGAUUGCUUCAUUAUUUAUCUGGUGGAGCAUGGGACCCGCACGAUGUAAAUUCUGUUGCCUCAACCUGUGACUCAUUGGUACAAUUUUGGGAUCUACGGACAAUGAAGAAAACAAAUUCAAUUGAGCAAGCCCAUAUACGUAAUGUUGAUUAUGACACCAAAAGGAAGUAUAUUCUUCACUGCAUUACAAUAUUGGGGAAAAUACUCCAGGUUACUGCAGAGGAUGAGUCUGGGAUACAUAUAUGGGAUCUCAGAAUGCUGAAGUUUCCUAUCCUAGAGCUUCCAGGACAUUCACACUGGACAUGGGCUGUUAGGUGCAAUCCUGAGUAUGAUGGCAUAAUUCUGAGUGCCGGGACAGACUCAGCUGUCAAUUUGUGGUUGGCUUCUCUUCCUACUAGUGAUGAUUUUUCAUCUGAAAGCUUGGUGGAGUCACCUACAAGGCGGAUAGAUCCAUUGCUCAAUUCAUUCAAUGACUAUGAAGAUAGUGUCUAUGGCCUUGCUUGGAGUUCCCGGGAGCCAUGGAUUUUUGCAUCAUUAUCCUAUGACGGGAGGGUGGUCGUAGAAUCAAUAAAGCCUCAUCUUCCCAAAAAAUGAGCUUACACCAUGAAUUUGAUGUGUAUAUACCCUUCUUCUCACAAUUCCUCUUUCAAGGGGAUAAAUGCACCUGUUUCGUGCAAUACUUUCACACGCACUCACUUAUUUGCUUCAACCGCAGAAUGUUUAGCUUACCGUGGAAUACCUCAACACCUUGCGGGUACUGUAUCUCUGCUUUGUCGACAUGGCAUUUUCCACUUUCUGGUAUGACAUUUUUCACGCCGAUAUGGAAGAUUCUCGUCCUCAAUGACGAUUUUUGUGAUGUUUCCAGAUGCAGUUGUGGUGUGCCAUUCAGGAAGAGGUGAGGUUACAUGUAGUGCUUGUACUGUUGUAUGGAAUUUUCACUCAAAUCUUCUAAUUUCUUGAGCCGCACAGUUGCUAAAGGACAGAAUUCUUAUUGAAUUGAUGUUUCUGUCGUAAUCGUAGUAGUGCCAAUCUUGAGCAUCAUGGAAAUUUUGUUAUUAUUGGAGAACGAAGUGACAUUAUUUAGCUUAUCAUUGUAUUAACAGGGACCUGGGACCAGAAUUGUUUAUUAAUUCUCCAUACCACUUCAAUUCUUA